AUGGUUGGAAUUUAAAAAGAAAAAAACAAGAGAGGUAAUUAUAAGAAACCCACCCCUGAAGAUAAAGAAUAAAUAAUAUUCGAAUACAUAAAUGGAACUAGUUCUGCUUCAGAAUUAUCAAGACGAUAUGGUAUCCCCAUAUCAACGAUUAAAUCAUAUCUAAAAGCGAAAGAUCGCAUAUAUACCGCAUUAAUGUAAUCUGUUUCCGACAGAUUAUAUUUUACAGUAUACAUGUGGUUUUAAACUUUAAAUGAGAUGAAGGAUGAUAAAGAAAGAAAAAAGCUUAUUAGACGAUAUAUAGUAAACGAAGAAUUGUUUUAAUAUAAAGAUACUAAUCCAUUUAAGAACUAAAUACCUCCCACUAAAAUAUUUUCUAAAAAGUCGAGGAUUAUCCAAAAAGUUAUUGACAAAGCUAUAAGUCAUUUUAAUGAUUUAUAAAGAUAAGGUAUGGUUUUUUUGAAUUAAAUUGAACAGAAAAUAGAUGAUCCAAUUUAUAAUACUUUAUAAAUAGAAUAAGAAAUAUAGAAUACUGUUUAAGAUGAUAUUUCAAUAGAAUAAUCCUAAUAAAAUUAGGAAGAUUUAAUUUUAGCCUAAUAAAAUCUAACUAUUUAACUAUCUGAUGAAUAUUAUUUUUAUUUCUCAGAAUGUCAAGCUUUUUAAAACGACUUCCAGUUUUAGAAUUUUUAGAUUUGA